AUGGCAACUCCGAAUCUCCCAUCGGACACCAUGUUGGCGGCCGUCCUGGAACAGUUUGGCGAACCCUAUUCGAUGCAGCAGAUCCCGCGACCAGGGAGUCCGCAAGGUCAAGACAUUCUCAUCAAGGUUCUCGCUGCCUCCUACUGCCACACGGAUGCCGUUUUUGCAUCCGGGCAAUUAUCGCAGGAUUUACCGCGUGUCGGUUGCCAUGAGUUUGCCGGAGAGAUCAUUGCGUUGGGCCCAGACGUGUCGAGUGAGCAGGAGCUGGCCGUCGGCGUGCGAGUCGGCGUGCCUGGGCGUGCGUACCACCCCUGUGGUGCAUGCUACGAGUGUACUCACCCAGACAAGGACAUUAUGGGAUACUCUCCAUACUGCCCUUCCUCGGGCAAUCUGGGGUUGACGCGAGAUGGCGGCUUUCAGCAGUACUGCCUGGUCGAUAGCCGGCAGGUGGCCAUGAUCCCCGACGGCUUGACGGCGACGCAGACAGCCCCGCUGAUGUGUGCAGGGCUGACGAUCUGGGCUGCCUUGCACCACGACAAGGUCCGGUGGGCUAGUGGAAUAGCUAUCCUCGGGGCUGGUGGCGGCCUCGGACAUCUCGGUGUUCAGUUUGCGGCGCAUCUUGGAAUGCAGGUGCUCGCGAUUGACGCCAAUGAUCGAUCGCUGGAACUGUUGCAGCAGAUAAAAGCUACUCUAGGCCCAGUAGGGCAACGGGUGUAUAUCACCGAUGCACGCAAGUACGAUAUCAGCGCCAUGCCGGCCUUGAUCCAGAAGUCUAGUCCGGACAUCCCAGUGACGGAGCUCGGGGUCGACGCGGUGAUUCUGCUUCCCGAAUCGCAGGCGGCUUUUGACAUGGGAAUGAAUCUACUGAGGAAUCAUGGAACGAUGGUCGUGGUGAGCUUUCCCGAGAAGAAAUUGGAAGUCAGUGCCCACGACCUUGUCUUCCGCGAUAUCAAUGUCGUUGGUAGCUUGGUUGGCAGGAAUCAUCAGCUCCGUGAAAUGCUGGUGUUUGCAACGAAGCACGGCGUAUCGGCCAAGGUGAAGACAUUCCCAUUCGAACAACUAAACAAUCUGGUAGAGGAAUAUCAUAAGGGUUACGGGGGGAAGCUUGUGGUAGACAUGACUCUCUAG